CGCGCCUUGGGGUCGAAGCUUCAGGAACACAUCAGCUCGAGAAGCAGUCAAUCGGAUCAUGCUACAUCAUGCGCUCCAUCGCGGACGGCGUCGUUUAUAACGGCUAGGACUUGACGUCAACUCGGACUACACUGCGACCUCUACCAUCAUGUCUAUCUCAGCGAGCUUUACGGGCGUUGCUUGGCCGUUCCUGGCCGCCAUGGUCCUCUCGUAUCUUCUCAGGCGACGGGCGAAACGUGAUGAUUUGCCCCCGGGGCCCCCGCGCAUCCCCUUCCUCGGCAAUGCCCAUCAACUACCAGAGAUCGACCAACACCUAACAUUCAUGGAAUGGGCGACUCAAUACGGAGACAUUGUCUACGCUGAGAUGUUUACCCAACCCGUCAUAAUCCUCAGCUCAGCCAAGGCCGCUGUUGAUCUCAUGGAAAAACGCGGAGUGAAUUACUCCAAUCGACCACGACUUGUGCACUUCAUAGAGAUGGUUGGGUGGACAGGAAACCUCGCGUUCAAUCCAAACAACGAUACCUGGAAACGCGUCAGAAAGUGGUAUCAACAAGCGUUCAUCGCCAGGGGUUCUGCGAACAGUUAUCACCCAACACAGUGCACGGAAGUACGCCGUCUCCUACUCGAUCUCGUGCGCAAUCCGGAGGACUUUGUGUAUCAGUUGAAACGAUACGCGGCAGGGAUAGUCUUCGAGAUCGGUUAUGGACACACUGUCACGUCAUGGGACGGCGAUGCGCUCAUUCAGUCGACGGAAGCCGGGAUAAGAGCAUGUCUCGUUGGCAGUAGCACUGGCUCGGCUCCGGUGGAUUUCUUCCCAAUUCUGAAAUAUAUACCUGCGUGGCUGCCCGGCAUGGGCUUCAAGCAUGCUACCGCAAAAGCGCGCAAAGCUAUCGAGGCCAUGGAAGACAUACCCUACCAAAUGGUCAAGAAGGAGAUGGCUGCCGGCAUUGCGAAGCCCUCACUGACGACGCGCUUGAUAGAAGACUGCUCGAGGAAAGGACUUUUGACGGCGAAAGACGAACGCGACAUCAAGGGAGCUACGGGGACGCUGUAUGUCGCGGGGACCGACACGUCGUUGACAAGUAUGAUCGUAUUCGUACUUGUGAUGGUUCAGCAUCCCGACAUAUUCAAGAAGGCACAGGAAGAACUGACACACGCAAUUGGCGAUUCAAGACUUCCAGACUUCGGAGAUAGACCUUCGCUGCCAUAUCUCGAGUGCAUCAUAAGAGAGGUAUACCGGUGGUGCCCGGCGUUAACGACGUCGGUCCCGCAUCAGGCUGCGGUAGACGACGUGUACCGUGGCUAUCACAUACCCAAAGGCUCGACAAUAAUAUCGAACUUAUGGGCAAUAUUCCGAGACCCUAAGGUGUACCCAGAUCCGGACACCUUCAAGCCUGAGAGAUUCCUUGGGAUCGCCGCGAAUGAGGACUCUGACCUCAAAGAUCCGAAGAAGUUGGUUUUCGGCUUUGGCAGAAGGAUCUGUCCGGGGCGGUACUUCGCGGACGACAUUGUGUGGCUUGCUUGCGCCAGCAUCAUAGCGACUAUGAACAUCGGCAAGGCGCGGGAUAAGCACGGCGUGGAGAUCAUACCUGCACCGAAGUUCGUCUCUGGGACUCUCAUGCGUCCUGAGCCGUUUGUCUGCGAUAUUCGACCUCGAUCUGAGAAGAGUCGGCAGCUGAUUAUUGAUAGUAGUGGCGAGUCUGAGGUCUGAGCCGGCUGUUCGUCGCAAGUACCGUGUACGAGAUUGGAGGAAUGUAACAUCGAAUGCCCAUGCAUGUCCCGUACGUUACUUGCUCACCCGGGG